AGGAAAGGGAAGUAGACAGCAUGACCAGUCACAAUGCAUGGAGCGUGCAAUAAAAUGGUUAGAGCAUAUGACCCUUCGGCAUCAGUUUUUUCUUUCUCAACUCCCUUUUCUCCUUACAAAAUAAUUCUAACCACAUCAGAGCAGGAGCGACAAGCUGGUGGCCUACAAGCUGCACACAUUCUCCAACUGGAUUUCUGCUUCCGGACCCUUGGCAUCUCUCCCCGCACCAUCCUGGGAACGCAAGGCAGACUGCUGCUUCCUGCUGAGGGACAGCUGCAUGCCAGUUGAUCUCUGUGCUGUUGCUGAGUUAGGACUGGAGUGCCUGAGUUCAAAGUCAACGUUUGCAGCGGGGCCUGGCAACCUUUGUUCCCUUCAGCUGGAGACCACCCAAAGAGGAAAACGAGGAAGAGGGACACAACAUGGAGCAGAUCUCCAGAAACUAUGCAUUGGGAAUAUGGAAUACAAGUAUCCAGGAUCCAUUCCUACUAGGAGAAAGGAAAAAUUAAGCUGUAUCCAGCAGCAGCUGCAGGUAAACAACCUUCAAGGUCCAAAUGGCGGCCCAUGGAUUUGGAUUCCCCUUGGAGCCUCAAGUCAUUAUGGGCUUGAUUUUCACUAGCGUUGUCCUUGUAACGCAGCUGCUCUGCUUGGAAGCGUGCCUCGAUGGGGAGUAUGAAAUUGACAACGAAUGUUGUCCCAUGUGUAGUCCAGGAGACAGAGUCUUUAAACACUGCACCUCCUCUUCUAGUACAAGCUGCCGGCCUUGUACAGAGGGGACAUACACAGACCACCCACAUGGGCUAACACGUUGCUUUCCUUGUCGAAUCUGCGAUUCAGGAUCCAACUUGGUGAUUAAAGAAAGAUGCACCUAUACGAAGAACACAGUGUGCACUUGUGCUUCAGGUUACUACUGCACACAUUUUACGCAUGAAGACUGUGACUCGUGUCAGAAGCACACUAUCUCCCAACCUGGUUAUAUGGUGACGAAGGCUGGUACAGAAACCACCGACACCCAGUAUGUGCCCUGCCCACCUGGCACUUUUUCAACAGAAGAAAUGUCCUUCUCUUGCAAACCUUGGACCAACUGCAGUGAAUCAGGCAAAACAGAAGAAGAAGCUGGAACAGCAACUUCUGAUGUGGUUUGCAAAAAAACACAGACAGAUGAUAACAAACCCAGCCACAGCAACCUAGCCGCAAUUAUAAUCCCAAGUCUUCUCCUCCCAUCACUUGCUCUCAUACUUGUUUUCUUCUACUGGAGAAGAAAGAGGAAGCAUGAAAAAAAACCUGCUGAUAAAAAACCGGAAGAACUAGACUACCACCGUGUUCCAAAGGAGGAGACCAAUAUGGUGCAGCCGAUCCAGGAAACAACUCAAAACCUCAGCGAGCCGGCAUACAAAGUUGUCUGACCAAAACUAAGCAGCGUUGGGGGGAAAACAUGGAUCUUGUUGCCAGGAUAACACAUGACCUGUCUGCACCUUUGGGAUAUCCCACAAAAAGCGUGCUUUCCUUUGUGCAAUCUUCCAAGCUUGAGGACAUGGUUGAAGAAGUAUUUUGUUUUCUCUCAGACUAAAAGAAACAUGAGCAGAAGGCAAAAUCAUGUACAGAAGUGAAGAAAAGCUGAUGGAAGUUGGGCUGAGAGGGGCUCAGAAUUCCAGGCACGUUACUCAAAUUGGGGACCUACAGAGCUGUGGAAAUCAUGUCUUUUUUUUCAUAUUCUGGUUGGAUUGGGGCUGGGCGCUGUGAGGGAGGGUACACAAAAUCUUGGUUGUUAGUUCUUGGUGUCCCUGAAGGGAAAGACUUUUGUGGGGGAAAGGACAAAAAGCUUGGAGAAUCUGUGACCCAGGAGAUUCACUACAAAGAAAACUGCAAAAUAUUCCACAACCAAGCAGAUCUUGGGAAGGGGAAUUUGUCUUAUGUCCAUAUAAGAUAGCAACUUAGUUAGAUUGUUUCCGGGUUUGUCAUUUCUUUUGAGAGGUUGUAAACCUCCAAAGGCAUUCCUACAAGAUGAUACAGGGUUGACCUCGCAGACGUGGAAACCAUCUCAGAGCUCACCAAAACUGGAUUCCCUAAAAAAUCUCUGCACUUUGAAUUCCUCUGGAGGGCCAACUUCGACAAAUACCAUUGUGAGGGCAUGUGACAGUUCACAUUAUGUAGCACUGAACACAAGUAUUUGGACUUGUUAGAAUGAUACUAGAGGCAAUGUGCAAGAUCUGGGUUGAGUGGACAGUUUGGGGUCAACCCCAAGCCACAAAAAGCCACAUCACCAUCAGGCAUAUGGCCUUGGUUGCCAAGGCAACUGGGAAACAGGAAGGGUGUGGGCCCAAGCCUGACAGUGUUAGGAGUUAUAGGUCCGUUGCCUUGGUGAUGAGAAUGCCGUGCUGGGCCUGCCAUGACUCAGAGCUAAGCCACAAGUGACGCUUGACACUAGUUGGACACUUGUCAGCUUCCCUCAAGUUUUGAUGGGAAAUGUAGGCAUCCUGGUCUUGCAGCUCGGCUCUCCGACUGCUGUCCAAUGGACUUUUCAGCUGUCACUUGUCCAACAUUCCGCCAAGCUGCCUACAUUUCCCAUCAAAACUUGAGUGAAGCUGACAAGUGUCCAACUAGUGUCAAGUGUCACUUGUGGCUUAGCUCUCAAAUGUCCCACGAAGGGAGGGAGAGGAUCCAAGGACAUGUUACACGUGCCAGCAGAUGAGUUCUAUAUCUUCUCCUUCCACAGGCUGUUCCUUUACCUCCUUCGAGGGGUUUUCUGAUGGCACCAUAUGGAACAGUAGCCUGGUUACAGAGCAGGCGGUCGAUCUGUCUCCUGGAACAUGCAGGGCCGCUUCAUUCAUGCAAACACCCAAUUCAGCCUAAACUGCUGCAAAUUCUCUCUUUAACCAGGACUGAACUGAGAGGUGUUUGGGCAAAGUUGCGUCCCUCCCGUGCUCGUACACUAUAGGUGACAUCCUGGGACUUUCUUUUUUUCCGUAUGAUUCUAGCCCUUAAAUGGGGAGGAAACACUGAAAAGAUAAAACCUCAGGCUGACAACGGCCGUUUCCACAUGUUGUUAAAGCAAUGGGCUACUUACUCAAUGCGGGCGGGUUUUUUCACAGAUUCCAGUGCCUCCGAUAUCAAAGCGGAAGCAGGCAGUUUGUCAUUCAUCUGAUCAGCGUCCUUGACCCGGCACAGGAAAGAGUGGGAAAUCCCGGUCUCAGAAAAGACACGGAUCAGACGAAAGACAAACUGCCUGCUUCCACUUUGAAAUCAGAGGCAAAUGGGAUUUCAGGGCUCACCAUAACUUAGGCUGCUUCCACACACACUGCAUAAUGCACUUUCAAGGCUCUUUAGUGAUAAUUUGGAACUGGGCUUUCACGUGUGAAACUUUGGUGGAUUCCGCACAUGUUGGAUAAUGUACUUUCAAUGCACUUUAUCAAUCGUUUGAGGUGGAUUUUUUGUUCCGCACACAAAAAAAAAUCCGUUCCAAAUGAUCUAUAAAGAGGAUUGGAAGUGCAUUAUCGAACGUGUGUGGAAUCAGCAAAAAAUCCACUUCCAAAUGAUUGCUAAAGUGCAUUGAAAGUGCAUUAUCCAACGUGUGUGGAAAUGGCCUUAGCAUCUUAAACAUUCCAUCUUGUCUACCUCCAAGAGGAGGUCUUUCAAUUGCUGCUGUGAAACUUGCCCUCCUGAAAUGCCUCCCCUGUUCUGCAAAGGAAAAAAUACGUUAUGGACAAUCAGUACACAUUCACUUAAUUUUCAUCAUUGAUUCCAAGUCCCUAAUUUAUUUCAAUUAAUGCAGAGUUUGGAUUCUCUUCCCUCCCCUCUCCAUGCCCACGUAGACUACAGAAUGUGCUAGUUUGGGGCACGCUCUUACGACUUGCCCACUCCUGGCCUAGAAGGAGUUUCUAAUAACUGGGGGACAGGUUAGGUAAAAAAGUUUCAAAGUGUGGCUUUCCCCUUCACCAUGUGCUGUGCGCAAUUAUACUUUCCCCUGCGGGCUGAGGCUCAGCGGGUUCGCUAGGGUCAUCUGUAACUUUCUUUUCUGCCACUGGCCUCUCUGCAGUGCACCCACUCUUUUUUCAAGAGUGGUUUGGGUUGGUGGGUGAAUGGCCUUGCCCACUCCACUGUAGAGCAUUAAGCUAGAUAGCUCCUGAUUCCAUUUCAGCUCUGCCUGUGGGUGUCAUAAAAUGCCCAGGAAUUGGUGCCAGAGCUCCCUUCUUUUAAAUGAGAGGGAUCCCAAUUUUCUGCCUGUGCUCUUUUUGGUGGGCCAAAAGGAAGGCAUUUGCUGACCACCUCUCAGAGCUCCAAUUCAAGGCCACCACCACCUAUAGUUGCUGGUACUGAGUCUAAUAUUGGACACUUCAGUCACACACAGUGCAAUCUUAAGCAGAUCCAGAGGAGUUAGCCAUGUUAGUCUGCAGUAGCAAAAUAGCAGAGCCCAGUAGCACCUUUAAGACUAAACAACUUUACUGUAGCAUAAGCUUUCUUCAUACCCUGCAUGCAUCUGAUGAAGGGAGCUGUGGCUCUCGAAAGCUUAUGCUACAAUCAAGUUGGUUAGUCUUAAAGGUGCUACCGGACUCUUUGCUAUUUUACUAUCCUAAGCAGAGUGACUCCAGUCUAAGCCCAUUGAUUUCAAGGAACUUAGACUGGAAUAACGCUGCUUAGGGUUGCACUGUAAGAAUCAGGGAGCGGGGUAGGCUCUAGAAGAGCAUGCUGAAUUUCCGUUAGUCAUCUCUCUCUUCGCUCUCUCUAAUUCAUGGGAGCAAUUGUCAUUAAAACAACUUUAAGAGUAAACACAUGUUCUAACAACCACUAUAUAUAUAAAACUAAACUACCAUGGAAUUACACAACCUGAAGCUUUGUAGAAGGCCUUUUUAUUUCUACACACAAUACAUGCACAUGAAUCGUAUUUUGUUGAUUUCUUCUUGUGACGUUUUCAUGUGGGUGCUGCAUUUGAGCCAUAGCACUGUAGAAAACAGUAUUUGUAAUGACCUGUAGUACAAUAAUGGGCACGAACCAAAAUACAAACCAAAGUUUGGCACGAAUCAUGCUGGUUCGUGGUUCACGAACCAGCGGUUCAUCAGCCCAUUUCUAAUGAACCGCCAUGAACUUUA